AAUUGGGUAAUUUACCGAACCUAUAUAAUAUACAGUAAUAAAAUUUUUACUCAUCACACAAUCAAUUUCACUGCAUUCUACAUUGCGUAUUUAGUACAUCAACUGUUGACAUUUUAUUUGUUUUUGUUUAACUCAGAGCAGGCCAAAAUGUCGAUUUAUCCAAGCUUAGAGGAUAUGAAGAUCGACCAAAUCAUUAAAGCACAGGAAAAUUAUGUUCAACCAGCUUUCAAUAACUUUGGAGUUGAUAAGAUACAGAGUACAAGCAAUGCUUCGUCGUCGUUACCUCUUGCCAAUGUAUAUCCAGCACUGAAAGACUUUAUGGGUUUAGAUCUAACUGCAGAACUUAUUGCCCAGAAUAUGCCAGAACACAGUCAGUCCACUGCAUUAGUAUGUCAGGUUUCUCCAUCUACUACUGGAUAUAGUGGUAAUAAUUUUAUUGCGCCCCUCUCCUGCCAAUCAUUGGGUCUUCAAAAAGCUCAAAUUACUCAUGGAAUUCGUCAACUAAUUCUAUGCAAGGAUAAGGAUAAUAAAAUUGGACUUCGAGUCAAAGCAGUAGAUAAUGGAAUAUUUGUGAACCUUGUUAUAGAUAAAUCACCCGCUGCUUUAGCUGGAUUAAGAUUUGGGGACCAAAUUCUUGAAAUAAAUGGAACUAGUGUUGCUGGUUUUACCAUGGAAAAGGUUCAUGAUCUUUUGAAGAAAAGCUCUGUGAAUGGUAUCUCUAUAGCAGUACGUGACCGCCCUUUUGAGCGCACCCUAACAUUGCAUAAAGACAGUGCUGGUCUGUUGGGUUUUCGAUUCAAGAAUGGAAGAAUAACUACUGUGGUAAAGGAUUCUUCUGCUGCUAGGAAUGGUAUUUUGAUCAAUCAUCAACUGUUGGAAAUUGAUGGCCAAAAUGUCAUUGGUUUGAAAGAUAAGGAUUUGUCAAAAAUAAUUGAUCAUUGUGAAAGAACAGUAACUGUAACAAUCAUGCCAAGCUUCAUUUAUGAUCAUAUGAUUAAAAGAAUGGCAGGAUCUCUUCUCAAGGAUCUCAUGGACCAUUCUAUUCCAAACCUUUGAAUUUUAUAUUGUUAAAUUUUCUGGCCAUAUUUAUAUUAAUUGUUAUUAGUUUAUAAGAUUUUGCAAUAUAUUGAUUGCUUUAUAUAUUUUAGUAGUUUCAUAAUAAUCUAUUAUUCAUAUUUCUAUAAGAGGUUAUUCAUUGUGGUUAUUAUUUUUUAUGUAAAAUUCAAGAAUUGAGAAUAAUUUUGUAAAAUGCUGGUUAUUUUUUAUAUUUGGUUAUUGUUUCAGUUUCGACUUCAAUAAAUAAUAGUUUUAUUACCCAAUUAAGUAUGUUAAGAUAUUUUACUUUUGGAGUAAUCAAAAACUAUGGCAUUUGUAUCUGUUUUUACUUUUAAUGCUUUCUGUAAGACUGAUGUUCUGUAAUCAUAACAUUUCUACGAAUUGAAUAAGAGAUCAAUCAACUCAUGCAAUGAAUCUCGAUCAACUGAAAAAGUUCAGUCAGUUAUUAUAAAGUAAAAAUAGAGCAGGUGGCUCUGAGAGAGAUUCUUACAAAUUAUCGGUGAUACAUGAAAAUGUUCAACAUUCAGAAUUCAUUUAAAAUAUUUUAUAUUCAGACAGAACUUUUUUGUAGUAUUAGAUAUUUUUUAUAUAUGUCUAUUUUUUUUAAUUUUAUGUAAUAUAUAUAUAUAUAUAUAUAUUAUAAUAUAUUCAGUAUA